AUGUCAAACCAAACAGGUGAACAGUGGACACCAUUCAUACUGAGCACAAUGGUAGCAGAUACUAUAUCUUCAAUGAUAAUAACAGACCUUGACGAUGAUGUAUUGACUGUAAUAGAUCCUUUUCAAGAUUUUUUAUCUGAUUUUUUUGGCGACGACAGAGAUAUUGACGAAAGAAUUGAAGGUGAAACUGUAAUCGAUGAUGAUAGCAUUACAGAUUUCGACUCGACCUCAGUUUGGAGUAGUAGCAGAAGCAGUAACGAUUCUGAAUAUACUCAUACAUCUAAUACCCGUCCUUACACAAGGGGAGAAAUACAAACAUAUGGGGACUCUUAUGGUAGUACCAACAUUUUUUCAUCGAUACCAAACUUUAUUUCGCUUAGCCAUACUGGCACACUUUCCAAUAUAUACUGGUACCCUACACAGUCAGUAAGUUCAAUUCAGGAUGGGAUAUAUGAUAGUGACGAAGGUGUUGAUGUUAACAGCAGUGAUCACGAUGGUGAUAUUUUAGAACGGCCCAGCACCCCGUAUGAAUACGUAUACGAUGUCAGGGACCCAUCCAACAGGGCAGCUCACUUUUCUUCGAUUUUGGACAUGAAUAUUUUCAAUGCACACAAUGAUACCAAGGAUGGUUAA